UCCAAACCUUCCUCAACGGAUCAACAACAAUCAACCACACUCUCACACUUCCUCACAACGUGUCUCUCUCUCCCCUCUCUCUCUCUCUAGAACCACUUUUACAGUUUUUACUUUUUUUCCUCUUUCUAGACAAAACAACCUUUUUUAUCUGUUUUUAGCAAUAACCACAAAAAAACACAGAAAUGUUGGAGACAAAAGACUCUGCCAUCAAACUCUUCGGAAAAACAAUUCCGGUUAAGGAGAUUCUUGUCGGUCUUUCACCUUUGUCUUCUGCUGAUGUUGUUGUUGAUCACAGUAUUCAUGAUCAUAAUCAUGAUUCUUCUACAAACUCAUCUAGAGAGUCUCAUAAUAGCAUUGAAAAGGAUACAUCGGGAGAAAAACCAAUUGAUGAAAAGAAUGAAGAUGGAGCCCCUACACAAUCGACUGAAGAAUUCACCAAUCCAGAUGCAGCCUCUAGGACUGGCGAAGAAUCUGUUACAGCGUCAACUGAAAAAGAGGUUGCUACAUUGAAAACUUCGAAGACUGAAGAAGAACAGGACGAAACGAGUAAUUCACAGGAAAAGAGCCUCAAAAAACCCGACAAAAUAAUCCCGUGUCCACGCUGUAGUAGCAUGGACACAAAGUUCUGCUACUAUAACAAUUACAAUGUAAACCAACCUCGCCACUUUUGCAAAAAUUGUCAGAGAUAUUGGACUGCCGGUGGAACCAUGAGAAACGUACCCGUAGGUGCUGGUCGCAGAAGGAACAAGAGCUGUUCUUCUCACUACCGACAGAUAACUGUCUCUGAAGCAACACUCCAGAAUUCUCGGAUACACCCUUCCUUGAAAUGCAACGGCACAGUCCUUACGUUUGGAUCCGAUUCACCUUUAUCUGAAUCGAUGGCAUCUGUUUUGAAACUUGCUCAUAAACCUGAAGAGCUAAGAAUUCGUGUUCCGCAUGCAAGUGGAGAAAAAUACGAUGAUCAAUCUAAUAAAUCAUCGGUUACCUCCGUAAAGUCGACAGAAGGUGCAAGCACGAACGUAUCACAAGAACAAGCUAGGCAGUACAGCCAAAGCUUCCCGCCACAAGGUCACUACUUUCCUUCCGGAACUCCUUGUCCUUUCCCAUGGAAUCCAAUGCAAUGGAGAUCACCGGUUCCACCACCUGCGUUUUCUCCACCGGGAUUUUCUUUGCCGCUCUAUCCCACAACAAGUUACUGGGGUUGUGCCGUGCCAGGUGGAUGGAACGUCCCGUGGCAAGCACAACCUUCAUCACCGAACGGUACCGGCCCUAACUCUAGUCCAAACUCUCCAACCUUAGGUAAACAUUCAAGGGAAGACGGUAGGAAAGAAAGUAGCAUGGAAAAAAGUCUCUGGUUUCCAAAAACUUUGAGGAUCGAUGACUCGGGAGAAGCAGACAAAACCCCUUUCUGGACAACACUCGGGAUUAAAAACGACACCGCCAGUCCAACUCCAUCAGGAAGACUCUUUCAAGCAUUCCCUUCAAAGAUAGACAACAAAAAUGACUCAGACCAAGUAUCUUCAGUCUUGCAGGCCAAUCCGGCCGCAAUGUCUAGGUCACAUAACUUUCACGAGACUUCGUAGUAACGUCGCCUAUAAAUAUCGGUGAUCAUGUUUUUCGGUGCUUCAAACUGUAAAACCAGUUUUGUUCAUCAACCUUGUUUGUAAUAGUUCUUGUUGAAUGCCAAAUGAAGAAGUUCAAACUGAACAAGAACCAGAUUAAUUAGUUCAUGUACAUAUAUAACUUUAUAUGACAUAGUGAGUUUGUUUUCCAAAACCUCUUAUGUAGAUAAAUAAGAAUAAGAAUAAGGCGUUCAAUUUGUAA